GAACUACCGUUCUAGAACUACAAUUCCCAGAAGACCUCAGUCCAGGCUCCUGGCCGGAUGCGAUCUUGGCUCCGAGCAGUGCAGGACCUGCUGCUGUGGACUCCGCGCUAUGGCUUCUCCUAGCAAGGCAGUGAUUGUUCCCGGGAACGGAGGCGGGGAUGUGGCCACCCACGGCUGGUACGGCUGGGUGAAAAAGAGGCUGGAGCAGAUACCUGGUUUCCAGUGUUUGGCUAAAAACAUGCCUGACCCAAUUACAGCUCGAGAGUGUAUCUGGCUGCCCUUCAUGGAAACGGAGCUGCAGUGUGAUGAAAAGACCAUCAUUAUAGGCCACAGUUCCGGGGCCAUUGCAGCCAUGAGGUAUGCAGAGACACAUCAAGUAUAUGCUAUUGUAUUGGUGUCUGCAUACACAUCCGACUUGGGGGAUGAAAAUGAGCGUGCAAGUGGAUACUUUAACCGGCCCUGGCAGUGGGAGAAGAUCAAGGCCAACUGCUCUCGCAUUGUGCAGUUUGGCUCCACUGACGACCCUUUCCUCCCAUGGACGGAACAACAAGAGGUGGCAGACAAACUGGAAGCCAAAUUACAAAAGUUUUCUGAUCGAGGUCACUUUCAGAACACAGAGUUUCAUGAACUGGUUAGUGUGGUAAAGUCUAUGUUGAAAGUACCAGAAUAGUCAGGAUAACUCCUGCUAUUCUGCAUCCCAAUACAGGGAAAGCAUAAUAACAUCUACUUCCAGACCAUUAAUAGACAUAAUCAUCCAAUUAAGCUUCAGAAGUGCCUGGAAAACUCUCAAGUCUCAGUGUUCACACAAAGUUUCAAACAACAUUUUCAUUUUUCAUAAACUCUAAACUUUCCCAAAUUGCUGUGAACUAGAGCAUAUUUUUCCCAUUUGAUAACAGAUAAGGACAGUUUAGCCACUCUGUUUUUCCAAAGAGAGUAAGUCAGAAAUGGAACCCAGUCUUCCCAAUUCUCAGUCUAGAUUAAAAUUUAAAGUACAUGUUCUAGAGUGGGACUCUUCCUCCUUAAAAUACAACUUGUUUUGUUUGGGAGGAAUAAAAAGACAUGAGAGCUGGCUUAGAAUUCAAAACACAAGCUAGGCCUAGGUACUUAGUCCAAAUUCACACAUUCCCCAGUGAUCUUCUUUUGUCCCUAGGUCCUUUAGGCAAGUUGAGAUAGACCGACACAUUGGAUUCUGAGUCUGGAAUCUGCUAGGGAACAGAAGCACAGUGUAUUAAAUGCAUUGCACCUUUUUGUAGACCAAGUCUGGUAAUAGGACCAUGUGGAGAGUUCAUGCCCUCUCUGAAUUGCUGCCAUGUGGAAAUAUAACAAUGCACCCCCAGUAUUUUUUUUCCCAAGGGAAAAUUCAUAUGGAAACUCAAAAGCAAAUAUUCACCAUUCACAUGGUGGUUUUUGUAAUUCAGGAAAAAUAUAGGUAUGUAUGUAUAGUCCACAUGUGAGUUAUGUCCAGCCCAUAUAGAUAGAUAAUAUAUAGAUUAUAGUAGCUAGUAACAAUUAAUAAAAACAAAAAACAAAAAUGAACACUGUAGGAUAAAGAACAAGUUAUUCAUUUGAGGUACUGGCCAUAAACCUUAAGUUUGGUAAGUGCUUUUUAGAUUAUAAAGCUCAAGAAAGCCUAAAAUAACCAAAAUGAACAUGAGGUAAAGGGAUUAAAAAUAUGGGAACAAGGCUGGGAAUAUGGCCUAGUG